GAGCUAUUAAUGACAUGCUCGAAGAAUAUGAAAGAGAUACUAAUCCAGCAAUCACUAUUACAAGUGAUCAAUUCAAAGCAAUGCCAGAAUGGGACCAAAGAGAAGUAUUAAAUGAAUUACUACUAGGAGCAAACAAUGCACAAAACGAAGAAGCCAGAAAAGCAAUACAAAAUAAGUACAGAGACUUGCUUACAACACAAUUAGAAACAAAAGGCCAAAUGAUAAUUGAAGAAAAUAUUGAAACACAAUUAUCAAAAAAUCAAUUACAAAUACGAACUAAACCACUACCUCCAAGAUUAGAACUACCUAAAACAGGAUAUCGAGAAGAAUAUCAAUAUCCAGGAUCUCCAAGAUCACCACCAAAAUUACCAACAGAAUCUGAUAAAUCAAUUGAUAGCGAUGCUUCUGAAAGAAAAAGGUGGAUGCCCUCAAUAACUAAAAGAUUAAGACCUUUAUCCCCCACAGGAGGAUGGAAACAAAUGUUUGGAGGAUCAGGAUCCUCAAAACAAAAUAUUCAACAACAUACUCAUAGCCCCAAAAGACCAUCAAGCUUAAGAAACUCUGUAGACCUUACAAAUACUCCUGAUAUAUUAUUACCAACACCAAUUCAAAAUAAUCAACAAACAAGAAAUCCCAAAAGACCUAUAGAUAGAAGUAAUACUUCAUCACCAGCAUCAUGGCAUAAAAAUCAAAAAAUGUAUACACCAUCAGUAACAAAUUUUGAAAAUGAAGAAGAUGAACAGGAAAUAUCUCAAAAUAUUGAAAGAGCAUUCAAUCAAGACAAUCAAGAAAAUAAUUCAGAAUCCCAACAAAUACAAAUACAAUCUUCCUUUAAAGGCUGA